AGUAUCGGUUGCUACAAAGACACCCGCCGAAGAGCGAUACGCCCUUUGGAAGGUAGAAGCCGCUUCCUGAAAGGAAAUUACCGCAGAAGACGAGACGCUCUUCGCAAAUGUUUCCAGGCAGCUUAUAGACGGGGCUACAAAGUGUUUGCGUUACAGCAUCAAGGAUGGUGUGCAUCCUCAAGGAUGGCUCACAUAACAUACCGUAAAUACGGGCGUUCUAACAGAUGUAGGAAUGGAAAAGGAGGACCUUGGGCUAAUGAUGUUUACGUUGUGAGGGGUUCCUGUCGCACAAGAACAACCCGCAAAAACUGCUGUGUAUUCCCGUUCGUCUACAAGGGCAGACGAUACACUGGCUGCAGCAGGAUCAAUGCUGCUCGACCAUGGUGUGCUACUACUUCAAGUUAUGAUGCUGAUAAGAUGUGGGGCUAUUGUGAAGGACAUGGAGUCUCUUUCAUCAGAGUUACACCUUCACUUACUAUCCGAAGGGUCGGUUGCUUCAGGGACACAUCUCGCCGAGCAAUCCCUCAAAUGGAUGGCAGAAGUGUGCUGUUAAGAGGCAACUACCAGCGCCGUCCAUUAGCCAUUCGCAAGUGCGCGCUUGUUGCUGCAGCACGGGGAUACAAAUGGUUUGGAAUCCAACAUGGUGGUUGGUGUGCCACAGGACCGCAUGCUGGGAGGACGUAUGCGAAGUACGGUCGAUCAAAUAGAUGUAGGAAUGGCAAAGGUGGACCUUGGGCUAAUGAUGUUUAUAGAAUAGCAGGAACUUGCAGGUAUCGUACUACAAAAGGCAACUGCUGUUCAUUCCCGUUCGUAUAUCGAGGGCGUCGAUACAACCGUCCCGCCAGGGCUCGAAAUGGCCGGAGAUGGUGCGCAAUUACUCCAGACUAUAGAACAAACAAACUUUGGGGGUACUGCAGGGGAGGAAGAAAAUCUCCACCUAUCAGAAUCACUCCUGGAGUUGUUGUCAAGUCACUGGGAUGCUUCAAAGACACUGGUCGCCGUGCUAUCCCAGGAGUGGACGGUCGUUACCCAAUAGUAACAGGAUAUUACCGUAAAAGAGCGGACGCCAUCAAGAAAUGUGCUGCAGUUGCUAUGAGGUUUGGUUACGUAGCUUUUGCAGUUCAACAUCAGGGAUGGUGCGCUACAGGUUCAAGAGCUCACUUGACCUACGGAAAGUAUGGACGGUCCACUCGAUGUAGGAAUGGAAAGGGAGGACCGUGGGCUAAUGACGUGUACCGGGUGUACGGACAUUGCCGGAAGCGAACGACAUCUCGCUACUGCUGUGUGUUUCCGUUCAUCUAUAAAGGUCGUCGUUACCAUAGCUGUACAAGGAAAAACCACAAUCGGCCGUGGUGUGCUAUUACAGGCCAUUACGAUCGGGAUAGGAAAUGGGGUAACUGUGCGGGUCGCCGACCGGUCAAACCUGUUCGUCCAGUUCGUCCAACGGGAAAAACUGUAAGAGUAACAGUUAACUUAGUUGCCAAGGGUAUCGGCUGUUACAAAGACACUGGCCGACGAGCCAUACCAACCUUGGAGCGUAGAAGUCGCCUUCUUAAAGGAAAUUACCGUAGAAGGCGAUACGCUAUCAAGAAAUGUGCUCUGGCGGCUUAUGCAAAGGGACACAGAGUAUUCGCUGUGCAACAUGGAGGAUGGUGUGCUUCAGGAAGGAGAGCUCAUCUCACUUAUGGAAGAUACGGGAGAUCUAACAGAUGUAGGAAUGGAAAGGGAGGACCUUGGGCCAACGAUGUCUAUGUACUCAGAGGUUCAUGCCGUGUGCGCUCUUCCACUGGAAACUGCUGUGUGUUCCCAUUCAUCUACAAGGGCAGACGAUACAACCGCUGUACCAGAGUCAACUCCAAACGAGCAUGGUGCGCCACUACACCAAAUUACGAUCACGAUAAGCUAUUUGGGUACUGCGGAGGGAGAAAACCUGUGCGUCCAAUUGGGAUUACCACUUCGAUAACACUCCAAAGUAUAGGAUGUUACAAAGACACAUGGCGCAGAGCCAUCCCGAUAAUUGAAGGCCGAAGCCCGUUCUUAAGAGGAAACUACCAGCGAAGAAAAUACGCCCUUCAAAAAUGUGCUUUAGUUGCCAUAAAACGUGGCUACUCCUACAUGGGACUCCAACAUGGCGGACAGUGUGCAUCAGGACGUUAUGCCUAUAAAACCUAUGCAAAGUAUGGCCGGUCAAACAGGUGUAGGAAUGGAAAAGGAGGAGCAUGGGCUAAUAAUGUCUACAGGAUUUCUGGAAGGUGUAAGCAGCGUACCGUUACAGGCCACUGCUGUGUGUUCCCGUUCCGGUAUGGUGGGCGCGUAUACAGGUCAUGUACAGCACGUGGAAGUCGACUGAGGAGGGCCUGGUGUCCAACCCUCCCAGGCUACCGCAAAGGACAACCUUGGGGAUACUGUAGAGGAUAUCGAACUCCACCGACACGAAUCACAAGUGGAGUUGUCAUCAAACCACUUGGAUGCUUCAAAGACACUGCUCGGCGAGCUAUUCCAGGAGUGGACGGUCGUUACUCGUUAGUAAAAGGCUACUACCGAUCACGAAAAGCCGCCAUUGAGAAGUGCGCUCUUGUUGCUUUGAUGCUCCGAGCCAAGGUGUUUGCUGUCCAACAUCAAGGAUGGUGCGCUACGGGUCGAAGAGCUCACGUGACGUACAGGAGAUAUGGACGAUCCAAUCGGUGUAGGAAUGGAAAGGGAGGACCGUGGGCUAAUGACGUGUACAGAGUAUAUGGAUCCUGUGGAGCAAAGACAACUACACGUUAUUGUUGUUCGCUGCCGUUUAUCUACAAAGGCCGUCGUUACAACAGUUGUACAAGAAAAAAGCAUAAUCGUCCAUGGUGUUCUUUAACUUCUAACUAUGACCGUGACAGGAAAUGGGCCAACUGUGCCACGCGUAAACCUGUCCGACCAGUGAAACCAAUCAUUCCACCCAAUAAAGCACGUAUUGUUCAAAUCACCAUCGGUUUGAAAGCCAUACCUAUCGGUUGCUUUAGGGACACUGGUCGUCGAGCGAUACCAACUAUGGAGGGCAGGAGCCGCCUCCUGAAAGGAAAUUACCGACGAAGAAAGUUCGCGAUUCAGAAAUGCGGUGUCGCUGCAGAAAGGCGAGGAUACAGAGUUUUUGCAAUACAACACCAGGGAUGGUGUGCUUCGUCCAGAUUCGCUUAUCGAACGUACGGAAGAUAUGGCAGAUCAAAGAGGUGUAGGAAUGGAAAAGGAGGACCAUGGGCAAACACAGUUUACGUCCUGAAAGGUUCUGCUCGCGCUCGAACUACACGCAACAACGCAUGCGUGUUUCCGUUUGUCUACAAAGGCAGAAGAUACACCACCUGUUCAAGAGUCAAUUCUAAGCGGCCCUGGUGCGCUAUUACUCCUAAUUAUGACGUGGAUAAACUGUGGGGAUACUGUCGUGGCCGCGGAGUUCCUGCCACAAAGAUCGCUCCAUAUAUUAGCAUCCAAAGAAUCGGCUGCUUCCGUGAUACAUCUCGCCGAGCUAUCAAACCACUGGACGGCAAACUGUUGCUCGUUAGAGGAAAUUACCAGAGGAGAAAGAAAGCCAUCGCUAAGUGUGCCUUGGCUGCCUCUCGAUUUGGUUUUACGGUGUUUGGAGUCCAACAUGGCGGCUGGUGUGCAUCGGAUCCACGGGCUUACAGAACCUACGCCAAGUAUGGCCGAUCAAACAGAUGCAGGAAUGGAAAGGGAGGACCUUGGGCGAAUGAUGUUUACAGAAUCUCAGGAAAGUGUCGUCUUCGCACUACAACUGGCUAUUGCUGUGUACCAUUCACGUAUCGCCGGCGUCGAUACAGAGGUUGCGCUACAAACAGACGUGGCCAAAAAUGGUGCGCAAUUACUCCUGACUUUAGGACGAACAAACUGUGGGGUUACUGCAGGGGUGGAGCAAGACCCAAGCCAAUAAAGGUGACAACUGGAGUGAUAGUCAAGUCAGGUGGCUGCUGGCGUGACACUGGUCGUCGAGCUAUUCCUGGAAUGGACGGCAGAGAUAUUCUACUUCGGGACUAUUACCGAAGAAGAGCCGACGCCAUUGACAAAUGUGCUCUAGUUGCCUUGAGGCUUGGCCACGUCGCUUUUGCUGUACAACAUCAGGGAUGGUGUGCUACAAGUCGAAGAGCUCACUUGACUUACAGGAAGUAUGGGCGAUCCAAUCGGUGUAGGAAUGGAAAGGGAGGCCCAUGGGCCAAUGAUGUGUAUUUCAUUCGAGGGAGGUGCCGAAAGAGGACGACUUCUCGCUACUGCUGCAGGUUCCCGUUCAUCUACAAAGGCCGCCGUUAUAACAGCUGCACUAAAAAGAAUCACAAUCGUCCAUGGUGCUCACUGACCAGCAAUUAUGACAGAGACAAGAAAUGGGGCAACUGUGCUGGACGUCGCCCAGUAAGACCUGUGAAACCGGUUAGACCAGUUAGGCCAGGAACACUUGUAAGAAUCACCAUUGGAUUAAGAGCAAAGAACAUUGGUUGCUUCAGAGACACAGGCCGACGAGCCGUAGCUCCACUAGAAGGCAAAAGUCGUCUUCUUAAGGGAAGUUAUCGUCGACGGAAGUACGCCAUUAGAAAAUGUGCUCUGGCUGCACAAAAACGAGGCUUUAGAGUGUUCGCAGUGCAGCAUGGGGGAUGGUGUGCUGCUUCCAGGACAGGACACUUAACCUACAGGAAAUACGGAAGAUCUAACAGAUGUAGGAAUGGAAAGGGGGGACCUUGGGCCAAUGAUGUCUACGUUUUGAGAGGCUCCUGCAGAACAAGAACGACGAGCCAGAACUGCUGCGUGUUCCCGUUUAUUUACCGCGGCAGACGUUACAACCGCUGCUCCCAAGUCCGCUCCAGAGGUCGUCCGUGGUGCGCCCUUACUCCAAGCUAUGAUGUGGAUAAACUGUGGGGAUAUUGCGGAGGACUAGGAGUACGGCCUGUGAAGGUCACACCCUCAAUAAGGAUUCAAAGAAUUGGUUGCUAUAGAGACACAGCUCGGCGGGCUAUACCACAAUUGGACGGGAGAAGUCGCCUUUUGAGAGGAAACUAUAAAUUGCGAAGAAACGCCAUCAAAUUAUGCGCCUUGACUGCAGCUAGUCAGCGAUAUACCGUGUUUGGUGUUCAGGACGGUGGAUGGUGUGCGUCAGGACCGCAGGCUCACAGAACCUUUGCAAGAUAUGGAAAAUCCAACAGGUGUAGGAAUGGCAAGGGAGGGCCUUGGGCCAAUGAUGUUUACAGAGUGUCAGGAACAUGUCGUCAGAAGACUACUCGAGGUCACUGCUGCGUGUUUCCGUUUGUAUAUCGCGGCCGCAGACACUAUUCGUGUACUAGACUUGGAAACACAAGGCCGUGGUGCCCAAUCGCUCCUGGAGGAUUUCGGAGGGGAACACCUUGGGGAUACUGCAGAGGAAAACGAUCUCCACCCAUACGAAUUACCACGGGAGUCAGCGCCAAGACUAUUGGAUGUUUCCGAGACACUUGUCGACGUGCCAUUCCCCCAGCGGAAGGUCGAGAUUCUAUCCUCAAAGGCUAUUACCGAAGAAGAGCGGACGCCAUUACCAAAUGCGCUUUGGUAGCCAUGAGAUGGGGAUACAGUGUGUUCGCUGUACAACAUCAGGGAUGGUGUGCUACAGGUCGAAGAGCUCACUUGACUUACAGGAAGUAUGGACGAUCCAAUCGGUGUAGGAACGGCAAAGGUGGUCCGUGGGCUAAUGAUGUUUACAGCGUAAGAGGGUACUGCAAGAAACGAACCACAAGCCGACAUUGCUGAGUAUUUCCGUUCAUUUACAAAGGCCGUCGUUAUAACAGCUGCACAAGAAC